AUGGCUUUACGCUUCCGCAAUGUCAUCCCAUAUGCCAUACCUGGAGUGCUGGCGCUUCUUGGCUGCUGGUGGAUCUAUUCCCAUAGAAAAAAGCAUGCAAGCUAUCACAACAAACAAGCAAUAGCCGUUGAAGAAGAGCAGCAGGAAGAAGUGCCGGAGGAUGAUUCAUCACCCAAAACAGAAGCACGUGUUCCUCGAAGACUGCCUCUCUCCUCGGUAGAGAAACGCUCAGAGAAUGAAACCUCGACCUCGCUGCUGUCAGCAGGGUCGACGACGCCCUCUCUUCUGUGUCAAACUCCUGAGAGGCCAGAUCUCUCACAGGACCUUCCAGACCUGUCAGUAACGACAGUUCAGCCCAGCACCCUUGAGGACGACAGUGAAAAACUAGAAACAACAGGAUCUCAAGACGAAAGCAGCGUCCCUGCUUGUGUUUCUCCCCCUCUGAUCUCAAAGAGCGCAGAGUGUCGCAGCAGUGCUGCAGUGAGCCUUAUACAGGAUUCAGGCUCUGGUGCAAGCCAAGAUCAGCGGCCAUCGGCAUCGGUGACACUGACGCAAAAGUCUUUGGGAAUCACGGAGAUUAGCAAUGCAGAGCAGUCAGAUGAUUCUUCAUUUAAGCCCCCUAAGGAAAGCCAGAUGCCAGAAAUUGUGCUAUCGGAUACUGGCUCUGUGACAGCCCUUUGCUUGGGAUUGGAGAAGGAAGCCAAUACCCCACGAGCCUUUCUCAAUAACGAAGUUGAAGUUGUAUCAAGUCACAAAGAUUCUGCAGUGAGCGUGUUACCGGAUAGUUUGGAGUGUGCCUGUUUGGAGCAGUCCAGGGAAGAAGAGAUGUCCGAGUCAAUAGCCAGUACUGUACCUGUGUGUCAGGAGGAGGACGCACAGCCAAAAGGAGAUGAAUUGGAAAGAGAGAAGAUUGGAGGAGUGAGUUUGGACAAGGAAGAAGUUGAGAAAAUUGAGCAAGUAGCAAUACAGAUCAUUUCCAAGGUCAUUUUGGCAGCAACUGAGGAAGUGCUGUCUGGUGCUGCAGGUGAUGUGUCCGCUCAGAUCUGCCAGGCUGCUGCCGGCCGAGGUGACAGACCUCUGGAGAUGGCAAGCGUUGUUUCCCCUGCUUGGGUGCUUGCGGAGGAAGCUACGGUAGCCGAUGAGAACACUGCUGUGAAGGGCGAUGCUGCGGUACAGACGUCCCCGCAGACAGAGGAACAGGAUCAAAGUGUGGCAGAUUCCAGCCGUUUAACACACGGCCGUUUAUCCGGCCCUGUUCAGGGAGACACAAAAGACUGUCGGAUGAAGAACCGUGCGUGCAGUGAGUCCCAAGGAGUUGAUCGGACUCCUGUGGAAAAGCAUGGAGGGUCACUGGAAAAGUGGCCUUUGGUUAUGGAGGACUCUGGGUGCAGCACAUACAUGUCCGAAGGUGGGACAAGUGUGGAGGACUCGUUGCAGAACACAAUGCUGUCUGUCGCGUCAGGCCAGCAUUCGGACUCACUGAGCAUAUCUGCAACCCAAGACACAUCUGCUGAGCAGAGCUCAGUACCAAGUGAAAAACCUCCUACUUUGAAGCUACCUGGAGACAGCGAAGUGCCAUACAGUAAUGGGAUACUGAAGGAGGAUGGUCCAGACUUGCGUCAUGAGUGUGGCAGGGCAGCAGGGAUGGAUGGAGAUCCCUCAGGAGGUUCGGAUGUAAAUAGCGUGGAUUUCGUGGACAGUGGCUGUGCCAUGAGGAAGACAGUGACUCGCCAGAACUCUAAGCUAGGAGGAGAAUCCAGCAAAUCCGACUUCAUUAUCUGGGAAAUAGAGGUCCCAAAGGAAUUAGUCGGCCGCUUGAUUGGCAAACAAGGAAGAUAUAUGAGCUUCUUGAGGCAAGCGUCUGGUGCCAAAAUUUAUGUCUCAACGCUACCUUAUUUCCGUGACUCCCAAGUCUGUCACAUUGAAGGCUCCCCGCAUCAAGUAGAAACAGUACUGAGCCUGAUUGGCAAGAAGUUCAAAGAGCUGUGUCUCACCAACAUCUACGCUCUACCUCCACCAACACCGUUGACGCUUCAUUCCCUCCUUAUGACUGCCUGGCUGUUCCUCCCAGAUGGAGUCACCGUAGAGGUGGUCGUGGCAAACCAAGUCGAUGCAGGGCACAUGUUUCUACAGCAGCAUACACACCCCACCUUCCAUGUCCUGCGUAGCCUGGACCAGCAGAUGUACGCCUGCUAUUCUCAACCUGAAAUUCCAACCCUGCCAACUCCGGUAGAAGUUGGUAUUAUAUGCGCGGCUCCAGGCCUGGAUGGGGCAUGGUUACGGGCUCAAGUUAUUAGCUACUUCGAAGAGACUGGUGAAGUGGAGCUCAGAUACGUGGACUAUGGAGGAUAUGACAAAGUGAAGAUUGACACACUCAGACAAAUCAGGUCUGACUUUUUAUCACUACCUUUCCAAGGAGCAGAAGUUUUACUAGACAACGUGGUGCCACUUCCAGACGAGGAUCACUUUUCAUCUGAAGCUGACGCUGCCGUUAGCGAGAUGACCAGAGGCGCGGUCCUAGUGGCACAGGUGACAAAUUAUGACAGUGCCACAGGUCUGCCGCUGAUACAGCUGUGGAACUUGAUGGGAGAGGAGGUGGUGUCGAUAAACAGAACUCUGGUGGAAAGAGGAUUUGCUCAGUGGCUUGACUACUAGCAACGUCCUAGAUGCCUCGACAACUCUUUC